AUGGCGGACUACGAUGAUGCCUACGAGGAUGAGUUUUACGAUGAUAUGGAGGAGGGGAUCACCUCGGAGGAUUGCUGGACUGUCAUCUCGUCUUUCUUCGAUACGAAGGGUCUAGUCUCGCAACAGCUGGAUUCUUUUGAUGAAUUCAUUUCAUCGACAAUGCAAGAACUGGUGGAGGAGCAAGGCCAAGUAACACUCGACCAGACACUUCCGCCCGACGAAGAUGAAGUCGAUCCCGUUGUUGUCCGUCGCUAUGAGCUCAAGUUCGGAACAGUUAUGCUUUCCCGCCCCUCCGUCACUGAGGGUGAUGGUGCCACCACCAUCAUGUUGCCCCAGGAAGCUCGUCUGCGAAACCUUACCUACGCUAGUCCCCUCUACCUCGGCAUCACAAAGCGAAUUAUGGAAGGUAGAGAGCGAUCGGUUGCUGAUCGUGACGAUGAGGAGAUAGAGGAAGACGAAGACAGAAAGGCUCGUGGCACAUACCUCCAGUGGGAGCAGAAGGAGCUACCGGCCGAUCAAGCCAAAGAGGAAACCGUUUUCAUCGGAAAAGUGCCUAUUAUGCUCAAGUCCAAGUAUUGUAUCCUCAAGGACCUGAGCGAGCAAGCUCUAUACAACUGGAAUGAAUGCCCUUACGACUCCGGUGGUUAUUUCAUCAUAAACGGAAGCGAAAAGGUUUUGAUUGCGCAGGAGCGAAGUGCAGGUAACACGGUCCAGGUUUUCAAAAAAGCACCCCCGAGUCCAACACCAUAUGUUGCUGAAAUUCGAAGUGCCGUCGAGAAAGGGUCUCGACUUCUUUCCCAACUGUCCCUUAAGUUGUUCGCUAAGGGUGAUAGUGCAAAGGGUGGCUUCGGCCCUACUAUCAGGUCCACAUUGCCCUAUGUGAAGACGGACAUUCCGAUUGUUGUCGUUUUUAGAGCGCUCGGUGUGGUCUCUGAUGAGGACAUUCUUAACCACAUUUGCUACGACCGUAACGACAUCCCUAUGCUGGAAAUGCUCAAGCCUUGUAUUGAAGAGGGUUUCGUCAUUCAAGAUCGUGAAGUUGCUUUGGAUUUCAUUGCCAAGCGUGGCUCUUCCCAAUCAAGUAUGAACCAUGAGCGUCGUGUGAGAUACGCGCGUGAAAUCAUGCAGAAGGAGCUACUUCCUCAUAUCUCACAGAGCGAAGGUAGUGAGACUAGGAAGGCAUUCUUCUUAGGUUAUAUGGUGCACAGACUUCUGCAAUGUGCUCUAGGCCGCCGGGAUGUUGAUGACCGUGAUCACUUCGGAAAGAAGCGUCUCGAUCUUGCAGGCCCCCUUCUGGCGAACCUUUUCCGUGUUCUGUUUACGCGAGUUACUCGUGAUCUCCAGCGUUAUGUCCAGAGAUGUGUUGAGACCAACCGAGAGAUCUACCUCAAUAUUGGUAUCAAGGCCAGCACACUGACCGGUGGUUUGAAGUACGCCCUUGCUACUGGUAACUGGGGUGAACAGAAAAAGGCCGCAAGCGCUAAGCUGCUUCACAAUACCCAUUGGGGGUUGGUCUGUCCAGCAGAGACUCCCGAAGGUCAGGCUUGUGGUCUGGUCAAGAACUUGGCCCUCAUGUGUUAUGUCACUGUUGGUACACCCAGCGAACCUAUCAUUGACUUUAUGAUUCAGCGUAACAUGGAAGUUCUCGAGGAGUUUGAGCCUCAAGUCACACCUAACGCAACAAAGGUCUUCGUGAAUGGAGUGUGGGUCGGUAUUCACAGAGAUCCUGCUCAUCUUGUCAACACAAUGCAGUCGCUGCGGCGACGGAAUAUGAUCUCUCACGAAGUCAGUUUGAUUCGUGAUAUCCGCGAGCGGGAGUUCAAGAUCUUCACCGAUGCUGGACGUGUUUGCAGGCCGUUAUUCGUCAUUGACAACGAUCCGAAGAGCGAAAACUGUGGCGGUCUGGUCUUGAACAAGGAGCACAUCCGCAAGUUGGAACAAGACAAAGAAUUACCACCCGACCUCGACCCUGAAGAUCGUAGAGAACGUUACUUCGGAUGGGAUGGAUUAGUGAGAUCUGGUGUUGUAGAGUAUGUUGACGCUGAAGAAGAAGAGACGAUCAUGAUUGUCAUGACACCGGAAGACCUGGAGAUUUCCAAACAGCUUCAGGCUGGUUACGCCCUUCCUGAAGAGGAGCUUGAUCCUAACAAGCGUGUCCGCUCUAUACUGAGCCAGAAGGCACAUACUUGGACACACUGUGAGAUUCAUCCUAGUAUGAUUCUCGGUGUUUGUGCCAGUAUCAUUCCAUUCCCUGAUCACAAUCAAUCGCCCCGUAAUACAUACCAGUCUGCUAUGGGUAAGCAAGCUAUGGGUGUGUUCUUGACAAACUUCGACCAGCGCAUGGAGACGAUGGCGAAUAUCCUCUACUACCCUCAGAAGCCAUUAGCGACAACACGGUCAAUGGAGUUCCUGCGAUUCCGUGAAUUGCCAGCUGGUCAAAACGCCAUCGUUGCCAUUGCUUGCUAUUCCGGUUACAACCAAGAAGAUUCGGUUGUUAUGAACCAAAGCAGCAUUGAUCGUGGUCUUUUCCGCAGUCUUUUCUACCGUACAUACACAGACAGUGAGAAGAUGGUUGGUUUGACUGUUGUUGAACGCUUUGAGAAGCCAAUGCGACAGGAUACGAUUGGCAUGAGAAAGGGCACUUAUGAUAAAUUGGACGAGGAUGGUAUCAUUGCUCCUGGCGUACGUGUCUCUGGUGAGGAUAUCAUCAUUGGUAAGACGGCCCCUCUGGCUCCUGACGCGGAGGAGCUCGGCCAGAGAACCAAAGCCCAUACCAAGCUGGAUGUCUCUACACCUCUUAGAAGUACUGAGAGCGGUAUAGUGGACCAGGUUCUGGUGUCCACCAGCAAUGAUGAUCUGAAGUUCGUCAAGGUCCGUAUGAGGACUACCAAAGUCCCUCAAAUUGGAGACAAAUUCGCUUCGCGUCACGGACAGAAGGGUACUAUUGGUAUUACCUACCGUCAGGAAGACAUGCCAUUCUCUCGGGAAGGUGUUUCACCAGAUUUAGUCAUCAACCCUCACGCCAUUCCCUCGCGUAUCAGCCUGCGUGGCUUUGAGGGUGAUGCAACACCCUUUACCGAUGUUACUGUCGAUUCUGUCUCUCGUCUACUUCGCGAGCACGGCUACCAGUCUCGUGGGUUUGAGGUAAUGUACAACGGCCAUACCGGCCGGAAGCUAGUGGCACAGGUGUUCUUGGGACCUACGUACUACCAACGUCUGCGCCACAUGGUCGAUGACAAGAUCCAUGCCCGUGCCCGUGGACCAACUCAGAUCUUAACUAGACAGCCCGUGGAAGGUCGUGCCCGUGAUGGUGGUCUCAGAUUCGGAGAGAUGGAACGUGAUUGUAUGAUCGCCCAUGGAGCAAGUGCCUUCCUAAAGGAACGUCUCUUUGACGUUUCUGACCCGUUCCGCGUCCACAUCUGCGAUGACUGUGGGUUAAUGACGCCAGUCGCUAAACUGAAGAAGGGACUUUUCGAGUGUCGACUGUGCAACAACAAGCACAGGAUCUCACAGGUGCAUAUCCCAUAUGCCGCCAAGCUUCUGUUCCAAGAGCUGGCCUCGAUGAACAUUGCCGCCCGCAUGUUUACCAACCGUUCCGGUGUGUCCGUGCGGUGA